UUCCGUCCAAGGGGCAAUGGCUACACGCGGCUUGGAGAUGGCGUCUUCAUCGAUAUCGUUGGGAGAGAUUAUGGAGAACUACAUGAGUCCCAGCAACCACAUACGAACAAGCGAUGUUGAAGGUGUUCUCGUGGACGCGGAUACAGUGCACACGUCAUGGGAACAAUUGAGUCCAUCGCUGUCCAUGUCACCUGUGUCGAGCACUACAUCGACAAUCUCAUUUCACAUGCAUGAUGUGGACGACGUCGAAGUGGACGGCAACAAGGAUCUUGUCGGCGACACUGAAAGCGAUGUCACCUGGGACACUGUAAAGUGGCCAGGUCCUACGAAGGUUGAGCAAGCCACAGCGAAGAAGCCCAUUCUCGGUGGGGGAUUCGCGGUUGAGCACAACAACAACGGUACACUUGACAUGAACGCGCUCGACAUUGCGCCAGCUCCUUUCCCACCGCCGCCCUCAGAGGCGCCCGCCGUCCUCCCGAACAGCCAGGAAGCCACAACAGACAACCAGAGUGACGGGUGUUGUGAGGAAGCUGCGCCCAACACGUCAAAGAGCGAUGUACCGAACGAGCCUGUGGAUGUUGACGGCGCUCAUGACAUUGCUGCGGCAGACAUCGUCUCUUCGUCAGAACCAUGCCGUCAACCAGUCGAAUUCUCAACAUUUAAUGAGGUUGACGCUGAAUGCAACGGGAAGGACAUGGCAUGGCACGAACCAAUUCCCCAACUUGACGGAAUCGCACCAUCCACGGCGCUACGUUCGAGUGGCCAGGAGCCUCCGGCGAGCGCUGCAGGCUUUCUCGCAGCGGAUUCACUAGGCAUACCCCGAUAUUCUAGCGCGGACGUCGGCGAUAAAGCGGACAAAGUCAAGGACACUCUGAAGAUCAAUCCGCUGACAUCAUCGAAAGCCCCGGCCAUGGGGCAUGCGUCAGCGGUGGUGGCCCCGACGCCCUCGCCAGCAGCCCUCUCGAACGGGAACCCAUUUGACAAACCUAUCAACGUAACCACGACUGUAAAGACGGGCUUCCGACCAAUGGCACUUUCGUCAACUCCCACGCCGCCUCGGUGGUUAUUCCAGCGUCUCCAAGAUGCGGCACGAGCUAAAGUGCAAUCGCUCGCUCAGUUGAUCCCUUCAACUACCGACCACAGAGCAGGCUCCUCCAUGCGAGGAUGCUCGUAUCCCACGUCGAUGGUCCUGUUGCCAUUCCACUUUGAGUCGGUGCUACGUGCACAGGGGGCCACCGCCGCCUACGAAGCGCUUGGACGAGGCUGGUCGUUGGCCCAGACGCUUCUCGAGUCGGGGAUGCAAGCCAUGCAACAGCCCAGCGCGGUCUCCGCAGCGGCGGUCGACAGAUCGUGGUACUAUUUGUACUUGGUGGACGAAGUUGAAGGGACCCUCGUGAUGGUUCCACGUCUUGCCACGUCCUCCAUGUACCCGCUGUUGGUGGACUCGGACUUGGUCGGCAUCUUCUUGCCAUUCCUUGCGUCGGGGCUGCACAUGGUGCACAACAUCCAAGAACUAGUCAACUUCCCAACCUCGAACGACGUAGUGCAGACCACCCUCAUGCACCUACGCACAGCUCAAGCGGCGCUGCGACUCCCUUGCUUGCAAUACGUUCCCGUUUUAACCGAGGCGAUCAUUCAAGCCAAGGGCGGAGACCACGUGUCUCGACGACGGGUGCUCGACGUUGCCCGCCGCGAGCUGCACCGCACGUUUCAAGCACUCGAUCCAGCGCGAGACUGCAGUGGGCUCGAGCGCGUCGUGGAGCCGACAACGGGGGUGCCGUUGUGGACGUACAAGUCGAAUCUGCCCCCUCCGCUCGACCGAUUUGUGCGUUGCAUGGACGAACAGGACUGGGAUACCGACGAUUUUCUCCUCGAGGAAUCGUUGACGGCGAGAUUGUGCCCAACCAACGGGCAACAACGUGUGUGUGCUUGCACCAUCUCGUGAGGACGAAGGCAAGACGGCAUGCAUGUGAUCUGCACGAACUCCAUGAUACGUUGAAUGUUGCGUUCUCUGCCUUGCGUGCGCGUAGAGAGGCAGGUUCCUUUCGUUUCACACUGCUCAAGUGUCCCCACACGCAGAAUUCAGAAUUCCACGUGCCAUUUAUUGGAUCAGAGUGAAUACACGUUUCAUAAUAUUUUUUCAACAAGUCGACGUGCGGUUUGAAAUUCAACUGGGUGGUGACAAAAAAUUCAAGUAUAGUGAUCCCGCA